AUGUCAAUUGUUGAUUUGCUGAAAACUGUGGAAAAUUUGGCAAAGGUUGUAAAUCAAAAGAAUAAAGAGCUCGAAGAACUUAAGAAGGAAUAUGAUGAAAAGUUACAAAUAAUAAACUCCUAUAUACUGAAAAUUCAAAGUAUAGCUCCUUCUACUGAGUCUAAAACUCUUCUCGAGGUAGAAAGUUCAAGCUUAGACAUUUCCGAAUUCCUGCUGGUUAUUUCAAGUACAAUUAAUUGUAAUAAAUGUGAUGCUAUGAUUUGGGAUAAUCAGAAAGAGACAGAUUUUGUAUUAAUUCCAAGACAUAAACUUCAAUAUUUACUAGCAUCUACAAAAGAUGUGCUGCCAGAAUCUACCUUACUGGAUGUCACCGAACAAGUGAAAGCAUUUAGCAUUCGUAAGACUCCUGUGCUGGAAAAUUCUACAAUUCACAACACUCCACAUAGCUCCUACAGUAAUAAAUCAAAAAGACUCUGUUCAUUCUGUAAAAAGCCAGGACAUUCUAGAGCUAAAUGUAACCUACGUUUAAGUAUGCCGAUUAACGAACUGCAAUCAUUGGAAUAG